AUGCGCUGGAAUCGUCCACUCUCGACGACACUCGUCCUGCUUGCCCUCGUCAUCUACUCAACUGAAAACGUUUACCGAGCGGACGAUGAUUCGUCAUCGACAACCACAGAGACACCAAUCACAUCUACAGCUGUUGAUGGUGGUAGCGGUGGAUACAGCGAUGAUUCAUCAUCAUCAACCACUGAGACACCAAUCACGUCUACAGAUUCAUCUGGGGGGAGUGACGACGAUGACGACGAUGAUGAUGACGGAUUCGACGGUGAACCGUCAUCGUCCACCACUGAGUCGACACCAGCCGCUGAAGAAACUACGACAGAAGCCGCUGACCAAACUGAUUCGAACGGUGGUGUCGAUACCACAACUGAGGAUUCUGGAAACGUUUCAUCUGAAACCCCCUCUACCGAGAAUCCAACCGACACACCGGCUCCAACUGGAGCAGUUCAAGUUGAUACCACCACUACUGAGGAUACAAAUGGUGGAAAUGGCAACGGAGCAGGUGUGGGCGGUCCGGGAGCAAUUCAAUCUGUAAUCACUACCAGUACCGACAAUGCUCCGACCGAUCCAACCACCAUCGACGAUACCAAUAUCCAGACCUCCACCGCGCAGGCUGUUGUUUACACUGGCACUCCAACCAAUAACGGAACUCAGGGUCAACGACGAAGUCAAGGCCAGCAAACUGGAAAGAGCUAUACUGUUAUUCCGCUUGCCGAUGACGUGAAGGUCGAUCUUCCACAGCCAACAAAGGUCACGUACAAGGACGCCGAGGGUAAUCCAGUGGAGCUUGAGGAUCUGACCGACGACUUCCAGAUCAUUAGUGCUGAUGGUCAAGGCAUUCCAAACAACAUGGUGGCCAACAAACAUGGAGUCUAUAUUCUCAGUCCAGUGCAAACCAAGAAAAAUUCGGUCAUCUAUGAUCCGAAUACCAUUGGAGAGGCUCUUGGAUACUUGUAUGAGGUGGGAAUUGAGCUGAACGAGUUUGGACCAAAAGGUCCAGCCGGUGGUUGGACGAUUGAUCUGGUACACAAUAAGCAACCGCCACAAAAGUUCAAGCGAGCCAACGGACAGAAGACUCGUCGUGCCACGUUGGUCUUCACAAAGAAGGCUGAAGUGGUUGCGGAGGAGAAGUACUGGAAACAGUUCAUAUCUUCCAUCUAA